AUGAGUAGCUUUGACCUCGACAAUGAACCAGAAGAGAAAGCAAAGCUGAUCAAACAAGUCAUUGACCUUCAAGAAGGACUAAAAGCUCUUAUAGACAGGGUAGAAUCAGUAAAGAAAGACCAUGAAAAAAUACAAUCAAGCAAUCAGAUCUUACAGACAUAUAUAAAUAAUUUAAUGUCAUCGAGUGUGUUAUCGUCUUUAGGAGCAAACAGACAGAGCCUUUUGGAAAAGUAUGAGAAACGAAAGAAUGCGAAUGGUUGA